GGGAUAAAUUCAGUGAUGUGGUUGGCAGCCCGUAUUAUGUUGCACCAGAAAUUCUAAGGAAGCGCUAUGGUCCUGAAGCAGAUGUAUGGAGUGCUGGAGUAAUCGUGUACAUUUUAUUAAGUGGAGUACCUCCUUUCUGGGCUGAAAGCGAGAAAGGAAUAUUUGAACAAGUUCUGCGUGGUGAUCUUGAUUUCUCCUCAGAUCCUUGGCCAAGUAUUUCAGAAGGUGCAAAAGACUUGGUGAGGAGAAUGCUUGUCCGAGACCCCAAAAGGCGACUAACUGCCCAUGAAGUUUUGUGUCACCCUUGGGUUCAAGUUGAUGGUGUGGCUCCAGACAAGCCUCUUGACUCUGCAGUUUUAAGUCGCCUGAAGCAAUUUUCUGCCAUGAACAAGCUCAAGAAAAUGGCUCUUAUAGUUAAGUUUUAG